CAGUCAAACACUGUUGUGUAAAGCGUCGAUUGCCGAGUCAUGGAUGGGUGUUGCUUAACACACACGCAGCAAGGACAGCAGCCGUGACGGCAUGAGCACACACACUUAUUGAUCGUUGCGAUGACAGACACCGGCUCUGUGUCCCACCUGUUGUUAAAGUCGUGUGUGUUAAAGUUGUGUGUCGCCGACUAAGCUAGCAAACAGCUAACGUUAGCAUUGUUUUGCUAGCGCCUCUGGAGUACCCUCUGUUGCUGACAAGUGGAGUGUCUCAUUGAGGUGACUGUGAAGUUGGCAGCGACCUAAUAAGCCAGCUGCAGCCAUGCUGUUCAUCCACAGCUACUGUGAAGCCAACUCCUCCAUCUCCCACACCUGGGUGGAUGAAGGCAUCUCCCCCUGCUUCUACUUCACACUCGUCCCCACCAUCCUGCUCACCAUCGCCUUCUUCCUCGGCACCAUCCACUGCAUCUUCUAUCAAAAAUAUGGCACAGCGAUGGAGCCAAAGUUCAUCCCACGCUCCCGCCUCUACGGUUUCCAGCUGGCUGUCUCCGUCCUUCUCCUGCUCCAGUUCCUUGGUGGGAUGGUGUGGCGGGCUGCCAGCGGAGGAGAGCUCCCAGGCUAUGUGGUGCUGUAUGGCUGCUUCUCUGCGCUGGGCUGGGCUUGGGCUAUAGCCCUGCUCAGGGUGGAGAGACGGAGGGCCUUGGUGAUGGAUCGGACACGAGGUCACAGCGUGGCGCUGCUGUUGUUCUGGGCUGUGGCUUUCUCGGCUGAAAACUUGGCGUUCACCUCCUGGUACAGUCCCCACUGGUGGUGGGGGCUGGAGAGCGACCAACAACAGGUGCAGUUUGCCCUGUGGCUAAUUCGCUACACUGGCACCGGGCUGCUCUUCUUUAUUGGCCUCAAAGCUCCGGGGUUGCCACGGAGACCAUACAUACUUCUGAUAAACGAAGAUGAGCGGGAUGUGGAGAACAGCGGACAGAGCCUGUUGGGCAGAACGGAAGCGAACCAGUCCACCUGGCAGGGUUUCAGGAAGAAAGUCCGCAUGCUUGUUCCCUACAUGUGGCCUCGGGGCAACAUCCUCCUCCAGCUACUGGUCCUGUUCUGUUUGAUGCUGCUAGGAGUUGAGAGAGCUAUUAACGUCUUUGUACCCAUUUACUACAAGAAUAUUGUGAAUGAACUGACUGAUGGCAGCAGCUGGCGCACUCUGUCUGCUACAGUGUGUAUUUAUGUCCUGCUCAAGUUCCUGCAGGGCGGCGGUGCAGGUUCCUCUGGUUUUGUCAGCAACAUGCGCUCCUUCCUGUGGAUCAAGGUGCAGCAGUUCACCAACCGCGUGGUUCAAGUGCGUCUCUUCGCCCACUUGCACUCCCUCUCCCUACGCUGGCAUCUGGGCCGCAAAACUGGCGAUGUGCUGCGAAGCAUCGACCGCGGCACCUCCUCCAUCAACAGCCUGCUCAGCUAUAUAGUGUUCAGCAUCUUGCCAACCAUUGCUGAUAUCAUCAUUUCUAUCAUCUACUUCAUCACUUAUUUCAACGCCUGGUUCGGCCUCAUUGUCUUCGUCUGCAUGACCCUGUACCUCACUCUGACCAUCAUUAUCACCGAAUGGAGAACCAAGUACAGACGAGACAUGAAUCAGCAGGACAACAACGCCAAGUCCAAGGCCGUGGACUCCUUGUUAAACUUUGAGACGGUAAAAUACUAUAAUGCAGAGAGCUAUGAGGUCAGCCGUUUUGAGGACGCCAUCUUAAAAUAUCAGGUGUCAGAGUGGAAGACCCAGGCGUCCCUGGCAUUCCUCAACCAAACACAGAAUGUCGUCAUUGGGUCAGGCCUGCUGGCCGGUUCUCUCCUCUGCGCCUAUUUUGUGACGGAGGGAAAGUUUCAGGUUGGAGAUUUCGUCCUCUUUGGUACCUACAUCAUCCAGUUGUACACCCCCCUCAACUGGUUCGGAACCUACUACAGAAUGAUCCAGAAUUCUUUCAUUGACAUGGAAAGCAUGUUCAAACUUUUUGAAGAGGAUGAGGAGGUGAAAGACGAAGUAAACGCAGGGAGUCUUCUCUACAGAGAGGGGAAAGUGGAGUUUGAGAACGUCUACUUCAGCUACACAAAUGGGAAGGAGAUUCUCAAGGAUAUUUCCUUCACUGUUCUUCCCGGACAGACGGUUGCCCUGGUGGGACCAUCAGGCUCGGGGAAGAGCACCAUUAUGCGACUCCUCUUCCGUUUCUAUGAUGUUCAGGGAGGCUGCAUAAGCAUCGAUGGGCAGGAUAUAUCGAAAGUGAAGCAGAGGUCUCUGCGAGCGCACAUCGGCGUGGUUCCCCAGGAUACUGUGCUCUUCAAUGACACCAUUCGAGAUAACAUCCGCUACGGCCGCAUCUCUGCUACUGACCGGGAGGUGGAGGAGGCUGCUUUGGCUGCGGACAUACACGACAAAAUCAUGACUUUCCCUGAAGGAUAUGACACUCAGGUGGGGGAACGAGGUCUGAAGCUGAGUGGAGGCGAGAAGCAAAGGGUGGCUAUAGCCAGAACAAUCCUCAAAGCACCGCAGAUCAUCCUGCUGGACGAGGCCACGUCUGCACUGGACACGCAGACAGAACGCAACAUCCAGGCCUCACUGGCGAAAGUCUGUGCCAACCGUACGACAGUUGUCGUAGCUCACAGGUUGUCCACCAUAAUCGGAGCAGACCAGAUCCUGGUUAUCAGUGACGGCCGGAUUGCCGAGAGAGGAAGGCACGAGGAGUUGCUGGACAAGGGAGGCUUGUAUGCAGACAUGUGGAUGAAGCAGCAGCAGGCCCAGGACUCCGAUUCCUCAUCAGAUACUGAAGCCAAAGACCGCAAGUCGGAGAAACUGCAGCCGCCGUCGACCUCGUCAGGACACUAGGCAACUGAAUGUAUCUCUCUUUUUUUGUUUGUUUAGUUUUAAAAGAGAACGCUAUGUUUUUUUUAGUGUAGUCAAACUGAAUGUGUGACGGCAGGUCAUGGAGGAAAGGGAAGGUGCCUUUAACCAAAUAAGGAAGUGUUAAUCUGGUGGUUUUAGCUGUAAUUAUGGGCAGUGUUUUUAUUCAGGGACGGAGCAAAAAAAUCGAAGUAUCAUCACAUCUAAAAGCAGACACUGGCAUUUCUUCUUUUUUUUUAAUUUAAAACCUUCAUUAUGAGGUUGACACCCUGAGUGAAGUUUUGAGCACCUGAACUUGAUUUGAGGAUAUUUUUAAAAGCACUCCUGCGACUUUUUAAAUGUUGUCUUUAUUUUUCAUGUUAAGAAUUUGACUUUUUGUGCUGUCUUGUAAUAUUCUGACAUUGAAAAAAUUAUUUAAAGACAUAAACGAGAGCUGCAAAAAAAUGAGUUGUCCACUACAUAAUAUCAGUUAGUAUAAAAGCUGUCAGGGAUUUUAUUCAGCUUUGUUUUGUUUUUUUAUUUUUUUGUCGUCUGUUUUUGACCUUUGCUGUUAUUUAAAGUGAUAUAUUUUAAAUGUGUAAAGCUCUGUAUACUUUCAAUCACUAAGGUAAAGCAGGGUGUGCUGCUUAUUUGAUUAUUGUCUGCUCAGUUUUCAUCACGGGUUAAUGAAUACACCAGAUGUCAUUUGAUUUGUCUUUCAAUGUAGGCUGACUUAUUUACAUGUAAAGCGAUAGUAUACAUUUCUGCCUGUGAUUGCCAAACAUUUUUACUUUGUACAUGGAGCCGAGUUAUCAGUUAUAUCUGCUUUUAUUGCACUACAAAGUUCAAGUAUGUUCCUUAAAAACAAAAAAAACAUACAUCAAAUAAAAUACCCCAUGCAGUAAUAAUACACAGUUAUUCCCACUUAAUGCUAUUUAUAUAUAGUUAUAUACACAAUUUCUGAAUCAAGAAUAUGGAAUAAUUUCAUUUUUUAUAUCUACCUCACAAAAGGUAUUGCUCGUGAUUAUUACAUUUUGUAAAUAUUCUGUUUUGUCUUGUACAUAUGAAAAAUAAAAGGGUUUUUUUUUUCCCC